AUGUCUUCCUCUUCUUCUACUAUGUUCUUCCAACAUUUUCCAGGGCACUUCUACUCAAGAAGAUUGCUACUACACACUCCUCUUUAUUCAUCACCUGCUAUGGCAACCCCUCCCAUGAGCCCAAAUAGCCACUUGUCAUUUGAUGCAGACCAUGUAAUGGUCCUAGUAGUCCUCUUGUGUGCCCUAAUAUGCUCACUAGCUUUAGGAUUGCAUUCCAUCAUUAGGUGUGCUUUAAAGCGCACAAAUAUAGUAGCCUCUGAGAGUAUGAACAACCCAGCGCCUAAGUUGGCCAAUGUAGGCAUCAAGAAAAAGGUUCUCAGCACUUUCCCAACACUGAUUUAUUCAGAUGGGUUGAAUCAGCCAGGCUUGGACAACGAGUGUGUGAUUUGUCUUUCGGAGUUCACACACGGUGAGUGUGUACGAGUCCUUCCCAAAUGCAACCAUGGGUUUCAUGUUCGGUGCAUCGAUGAGUGGCUCAAUUCGCAUUCCUCGUGCCCUACUUGUAGGCACUGUCUCAUUGAAACGGGCACCCGAGCUAACUCAUCAAGCCCGCUAUCACCACCACCACCACCGGACACAAUAAUAAGCAUUGUCCCACUAGAGCCUGAAUGAUUGAAACGGAAUUACAGAAAUGAUCAAGCAUUGUCCCAUGUUUGUUCAGUUCAGUUAAAUUAGUGUGGUGAGCCAAGUCAAUGAUAUGUAAUUUCUAUUUUUUUUUUUUUUAAUAUAAAAUUAGUUCAU